AUGUCGAGUUACAAAGUUUGGUUUUAUCAUGGAGAAACUGAUGCUUAUCACGUGGGUAGUACAAGUGAAAAUGUGCCUGAAAGGGUAGAAGAAUCUAGAUUGGAAGAAGGAGGUGUAGGAACGGUUCAAAUGGUUCAUGAUGCACAUAGAGAACUUAUGCAAGAAUUUAUAGAACCUGCAAAUAUAGUAGAAGAACCAAAUUUAGAAGUCAAAAGAUUCUACGAUAUGCUAGAUGCAUCGAAGAGUCAUUUAUAUGAAGGUUGUAAGGAAGGACAUUCUCCUUUAUACGCUGCAACUAGGAUGAUGAAUAUAAAGACGGAUUAUAACUUGGCAGAAAAUUGUGUAGAUGCUUGGGCAGAUUUUGUUAAAGAUAUUUUACCCGAAGACAACAUCUCACCAGCUUCGUAUAAUGAAAUUGAGAAGCUUGUUUCUGGUCUUGGUUUGCCAUAUCAGAUGAUCGAUGUUUGUAUCGAAAACUGUAUGAUUUAUUGGCAAUCAGACGCAGAGUAUUUAGCUUGUCGAUUUUGUGGAAAACCCCGGUUUCAAAAUACAAGUGGGAGGUCCCGAGUAGCGUUUAAGCAUAUGUGGUAUUUGCCAUUGGCCGAUCGGUUGAAAAGGUUAUAUCAAGCAGAGCGGACAGCUGCAGCUAUGAGAUGGCACCAUGAGCAUUCAAUUGAUGGCGAGAUCGCGCAUCCCUCAGAUGCAGAGGCAUGGAAACAUUUUCAGAGAAUUUUUCCAAGUUUUGCGGAAGAAAGUAGGAAUGUCUACCUUGGACUAUGUACAGAUGGUUUUAACCCUUUUGGGAAACAUGGACGCCAAUAUUCUUUAUGGCCAUUGAUUCUCAAAUCUUACAAUUUGCCUCUGUCUUUGUGCAUGAAGAGAGAGUUUCUAUUUCUGUCUAUCCUUGUUCCUGGUCCAGAACACCCAAAGAGAUCUCUUGAUGUCUUCUUACAACCUUUGAUUCAUGAGUUACAAGUUCUAUGGGAGCACGGAGUUCAAGCCUAUGAUGUAUCCUGGCAGCAAAAUUUUAUGAUGCGUGCGGUGCUUAUGUGGACUUUUAGAGAUUUUCCAGCUUACGGAAUGUUAUCUGGAUGGACAACGCAUGGGCGAUUAUCAUGCCCAUACUGUCAGGAUAAUACAGAUGCAUUUCAGUUAAAACAUGGAACAAAGACCUGUUGGUUUGAUUGUCAUAGACGUUUCCUACCACGGUCGCAUCCUUAUCGUCGUAACAAAAAAAGUUUUAAGAAAAACCAUGUAGUUUCUAAUGGUCCCCCACCUGAGUUAGAUGGGGAAAAUCUAUUGAUGCAGCUUAGGGAUUUUGGCGCAGAGAAGAAGACAUAUUGCGGGGGUAGUGUGCAUAAUCCAGUAGACGGGUAUGGAGAAUUUCAUAAUUGGCACAAACAUAGUAUCUUCGGGGUGUUGCCUUAUUGGAAAAAUCUCUUGUUGAGACACAAUCUAGAUGUCAUGCACGUUAAGAAAAAUGUGUUCGAUAACUUGAUGAAUACGGUUUUAAAUGUCCCAGGGAAGACAAAAGACAAUAUCAAAUCGAUAUUAGACUUGCCUUCAAUAUGCAAUCGGCCUCAUUUACAUGUCUUAUCAAGUGGAAGAGGUCCAAUCCCUAGAUUCAGAUUAGAUGGAGAUGCUAAGGAUGCAUUAUUUAGGUGGAUUGUCCGAAAGGUUAAGUUCCCUGACGGGUACGCUUCCAACUUACGAAAUUAUGUUGAUAACCAAGAAGGUCGAUUAUCAGGGAUGAAAAGUCAUGAUUGUCAUGUGUUUAUGCAACGAUUACUACCAUUUGCAUUUGUAAAUCUCCUCCCCAAAAACGAACAUGAAGCUAUUGCAUGUAACCUUUAUUGA